AUGAGCAUAAAAGGAAUUAAUGAUAGAAGACAUCUUUUUGAAUCUAACUAUAUGUAAUCAUUUGCAGAUUAAAAAACUAAAAAUGAUGAAAUAGAAGAUAUUAUGAGUAUUUCAAUUGAUAGAUCUAAAAUAAAUACUAUUUAAGAUAUUAAAAUUCAAAUUGAACCUAAUAAUUAGUAGAAAUUUACUAAAGCUGAGAGUUGUGAUGAGCCUACAGUAAUAUAAAUAGAUAAUUUGUCCUUCUCUAAAUCUAUGCUAAAUCAAAAUAGUGUAUCUAAUAGGAGGCCUAUUUCGUAGAUUUUAAUAGAUUCGCCCAAAAAUCAAUCUCGUAGCUUCCAUAAUUUAGAUUCAUAAAGCUAAGUUCAUAGGAAGAGUAAGAAUUUAAAUAACAAACAAAUAAACGAAUGUUCUCCUGAAAAGAAAAGUCUUUUCCUGCUUGGUUCUCCUUUAUUUUAAAAAAUUCAAGAAAAUGGCAUGUAAAAUGAAAAAGAAAAAUAAUCAGAUUCACCAUAAAAUGGAUAUAGUUUAUCACCUUUAAAUAACUGCUUUUUGAUGUUUAGGAAGACUAACAUGGUUAAAAAAUUCAUUCAAAAUAUCAAAAAGAGGACAGAAAAAUACAAUUUCAAAUGUCUUUCUAAAUAUUAAUUCAAUAUGAUAGGUGAUAAAUCUGCAGAUUACAAUUAUUAUAAACAAAAAUAAUUAAUCUAUGCUAACGAAGAAAACUUUGAUACUAAAAUUUAGAGAUUACAGAAGCUACUUGACAGAUAUCUAUUAAAUAGUGAAAAGAUUAUUUUUUAGCCAGAUUCUGCAUUUAGUAUUUUAUGGGACAUUUUGACCACAAUAAUCUGGAUCCUUAUCAUAUUUUAUAUCCCAAUUUAGAUUAAUUUGAUAGAUAGUGAUUUCAUUGAUUUUAAAAAACCUCAUGAAUUCAUUACAGUUUUUAUAAUACUGGAAACGCUGGUGAAAAUUAAUAGAGCUGUUUUCAAAAGAGGAAUGAUAAUUACAAAUAGACAACAAAUUCUUCAAGAAUACCUCUCUCAAGAAGCGAAAUAUGAUUUGAUCAUUUUAGUAUUUCAUUUAGUUUCAGAAACUCACUCCAGCUUAUAUUUCCUUGAAUAUAUCUUAGAGCUUAGGAUUCUUAGAGUCACGAAAACCUACCAAGACUUAUUUUAACAGAUAGAUUAGGAGCAGAAAUAUAAAAUUUUUAGAAAAAUCUCUUAGCUCUUUUUAUUAGUCUUAGUUUUUAUUAAUCUGUAGGCUUCGAUAUUUAUUUUUAUUGGAGUUUUUAAAACUUAAAAAAUGUCUGAUCUCUUAGGAUCUGAUAAUUUGUUAGACAUUUAUUUUGCUGGUAUUUACUGGUCAACUAUUACAAUGACAACAAUAGGCUAUGGUGAUAUAUAUCCUUAAAAUACAAAUGAGAGGAUUUAUGUAUGCGUUGUUUGUUUGAUAUCUUGUGGUAUUUUUGGUUAUUCCAUUAAUUAAAUUGGAUAAAUUGUAAGCGAAAUACAAGAAAAAUCAGAGAGUUUUAACUAAAAAAUAAAUGCGUUAAAUAAACUAAUGAAAUCUAGGAAUAUUAAUAAGAGUUUAAUGUUUUAAGUAAUUAAAUACCACGAGUAUAGGCAUUUUGAAGAAGAAAAUAUUGAGGAAGAAGGUAUGGCACUCGUAAAUGAGCUACCUAAAUCUAUGAAAGACAGAGUAACUUAUGAAAUGAAUUACAAAAUUUUGUAUUCAUAAAAGUUGUUUUUAUUGAAUUUCUCAAAGCAAUUCCUUGAUUAGCUAUCAUUAAGAAUAAAACAAAUAAAAGUGGGUCCAGAAACUGAUAUUUAUAAGCCAAAUGAUUUAGAUUUAAGAAUCUACUUUAUACAAAGAGGAAAUAUAGAACUUACAUUUUUUCAGAAUGAAAAGAUUAAAAAUUUUGGAAAUUUAAAAGAAGGUGAUAUGUUUGGUGAAAUUGAAUUUUUUAGUUAGUCAAGUAGAAAAUUUGGUGCAAAAUCAACUUCUGUAGUGCAUCUAUUGUAUCUAGAAUAUGAAGACUUUUACUAAUGUUUGUAAUUUAUGGAUAGAGAUAUUGAAAGCUAUAACAUGAUUAAAGACAAACUCUAAAUGGAGAAUGAUUUACUUCCUUUAGAUAAAAAGUGCGAAAGUUGUGGGAAAUUCAGUCAUUCACUAUUAGAAUGUAAUCAUUUGCAGUAUAAGCCAAAUAUAGAUAAGUUGGUUUAUGAAAUAAACAAAAAUUUCCCAUAAAUCAGAGAAGAAUAUUAAGGAAGAAGAAGAUUUAGAUCAAUCAAUGCAAUCUCUGGAAUGAACUAAUUUAUGUCCUUGAUUAACAUGAUUUAAUAGGAAGCUACAAUAACAAGCAGCCAAGGAAAAGAAAAAGGUGAAGAGAGGAAUUCAUAAAAUUAAAUUUAAAGAGACUACAGUUUUGAAGACCAAGUAAAUGAAGAAAGUGAUUUAUCCUCAUUGACAUAAAAGAAAAAAUCAUUGAUUUUUGAUAAAGAUGUAGGAAUGUUAAAUAAGUAACAGACUAAAAAAAUAAAUAAAAUGAAAAGACUUUCUCUUGUAAAAAUUAAUGAGAGGGUGAAUUAUCCUGAAGAUAAUAAAAAUUAGACUUCUUAUGACGAAAAAAUGAUGGAGAGAUUAGUAAUACCUUAAAAAAUAAAUUCAGAUUCAUAACAAACAUCUUAAAAUUUAAAUACAACUGAUAAUAAUUUUAGUCAAUUCGUAGUAAAUAGUGGAAGUUAUUCAAAUCUACCUAGUAAUUAAAAUCUACCUUCGCCAAGGUUGUCUUCUCUUUCAUAGACGCUAGAGAAUCAAAGUAUAAAAUCUAAAAAAACUAAGAAUGGAAUUGAAUAGAGAGUUAUAAAAUUUUAGGCCUAACCUCAAGAUUAUGAAAAUUAGAGCGCUUUCAAUGGAUUUGAAAAUAACUAACCAAAUUCUAAUUUAAUUUCAAACAAAUACAGUAAAUUACAAACUCUUAAUACAGAGACAGAAAACGAAUUAUUUAAGCAUGAUUUGCAUUACAAAAAGUAAGAACCUCUUUGGUUUUUGAAUUUUGAUACAAUGAAAAGUUUUAAAAUUUAUUUCCCCCAUAAUAACUAUGAAAGAGUGAUUUAUAAAUUCAAUUAAAAAGUUAAUUCAAAAAGGAAACAAAUUUUACCAUAAAAAUAAGUAAAAAAUAAGUUUUCUUUGUUUAAUUUAGAGCAAAAAAAAAAUUCAACUAAAUUUUGA